GAUACGCCUGUGCGGCGAUUUUAAGUUGACAGCGAACAUGGCGUGCAACACAGAGCAGUAUCCGCUACCUAACAUAGCUGAUAUGUUUGCGUCGUUGCGGGGCGGUUCUUUAUUUAGCACCUUAGACCUUAGGGAUGCUUACAGCCAGGUGGCAUUGGAUGAAGAGUCGAAGGAAUUAACAGUCAUCAACACCCAUCGUGGCCUUUACAGCUUCAAUCGCCUUCCGUUUGGAGUUGCUUCCGCGCCGGCGAUUUUUCAGAGGAAGAUGGAGAGCAUGCUCGCAGAUCUGGAGGGCGUGCAAGUGUACCUGGACGACGUCCUGGUAGCGGAACAACCGGGAACCGACAACCUGAGCAGGGUGCUGCAACGCUUCCGGGACAUGGGUGUCAAGCUUCGGCGAUCAAAAUGCCAAUUUAGGAAGCCGGACAUCACUUACCUGGGCCACCAGAUCGACAAGGAAGGACUACAUCCAAUCGAGAAAAACUUGGAGGCCAUCCGAGAUGCACCGACGCCGUCAAAUGUUCAAGGAGACUCCUGGGACCUUGGAGCACCGGUGUGGGUCCGCAACUUCGGCCAAGGUGAAAGAUGGUCACCGGGGACCGUCCAGAACAAGCUCGGGUCAAGGAUGCUGGUCAUCGAGACUCCGGAGGGAACAGUCCGUCGACACAUGGACCAGGUCCGCGGCAGACAAGGUCCGACUGAAAGUCUGGGUGGCCCUAAAAACGGUUCGGACAACGUCGGGCCGCCAGUGACACUAGGACAGCCGGACAGCCAGGGGCCACCGAGCGAGCAAGACGCGCCAGCCCCCGACGGUCAAGACCAACCAGCCUUACGACGCUCAACGCGGACACGGAAACCGAUCGAUCGUUUGCAAUAUUAAGAGGAGAAGAAAUGUUGCAUUGUCAUUGUUUACAUCCUAUCUAUUCGCUGUUAUCAAGCCGAUAG